AUGCUGCUGAUGAAUACCCUUACCCACCAUUCCUACUUGAAAACGACCGACUCAUACGAGUGUGACUAUACCUUAGAACAGCGUCAGGCGCGGCUCGAGGAGUGGAGGCUGCAGCAGCAGCGGCGCCGCCAAGAACGGUACGCGGAGUGGCGCGAAUGGCGGCGGCAAAAGCGGGGCGGAGGAGGUCGAGACGAAGAAAAGGGGAAAAUAAGCGAGGGAUUCGUAGAGAAUGCGGAAAAGGGGGGAAAGGACGUUAAAAAGGGCGGGAAUUCGAGAGGAGAUGGCUCGAGUGGGGGAGGGGAAAAUAAAGGGGAUGGAAGCGGGGGAAUAGGGGGAAGCGGAGCAGACCGGGGAAAGCAGGAGGGAGUGGGGGAUGUGGGGGAAGGGGUGGGGGGGGAUGGGAUGAGGAUGGAGGAAGGGAAGGAGAAGGGGGAGCAUAGGAAAAGGGGUUCUGGAGAAUUGAGAGGAGAAGUCGAAGGGAAGGGUGCAGGGCAAGGGGAAAGGGAGGGGCAAGAGGAGGAGGAGGAGGAGGAGGAGGAGGAGGAGGAGGAGGAGGAGGAGGAGGAGGAGGAGGAGGAGGAGGAGGAGGAGGAGGAGGAGAAACAGGAGGAGGAGAAAACGGAGGAGGAACAGGAGGAGGAGGAACAGAAGGAGGAGAAAAAGGAGGAGGAGGAACAGGAGGCGCAUGGGACCCGGAAGGACCUCGCGUGCGUGGCAGCAGAGGCGAGGGCUCUGAAUCGCACGCUGGUGCUGUCGAGUGAGCGGUGCCUGAGUGCCAAGCACACGCUCACCGGGCGUGAGAAGCGGCGGCACAUGGGGCUGUACUAUAACUACUCGCGUAUCAUGAGCCACCAGCCAGUGAUCUCCAUCUCUUCACCCUCCACGCAGUUCAAAUCGUGGGACCAAAUGGGUGUAGGCUACGAUGGGGUGGGGAUGGGGAGGCAGGGCGGCCACCAGCCAGUCAUCUCCCUCUCUGCAUUCCUUGCACGGUUCAAGUCGUGGGAGCACAUGGAUAUAGGGUACCAUGGGGUGGGGGAGGGGCGGGAGGGCGGCCACCAGCCAAUCAUCUCCCUCUCCGCAUUCCUUGCGCGGUUCAAGUCGUGGGAGCACAUGGAUAUAGGGUACCAUGGGGUGGGGGAGGGGAGGCAGGGGGGAAGAUGUUGCAGCAAAACCCACCAGCCAAUCAUCUCCCUCUCCACCUUCCUUGCGCGGUUCAAGUCGUGGGAGCACAUGGAUAUAGGGUACCAUGGGGUGGGGAAAGGGCACUCAACGCAGCAGCUGCAGCAGCAGAGGGGCUUGUUCCUGCUGAUCCGGCAGCCUCAGGAGGGGCGCUACGCGUUCAUGAUCUGCAAUGGAAGCUACAGCGAGCUGCAGCAGCAGCAGCGGCAGCAGCAGAGGGGCGUGUUCCUGCUGAUCCGGCAGGCUGCAGCCUCAGGAGGGGCGAGCACCGUGCCUCCUCUCCGUCCCUACAGCACCGCUGCUGAGCGUCCAUGGGUGGGAGGGGACGGUUCCUUUGGCUACAUGCAUGCUGCGCCCUUCCCGCCCUUCCCGCCCUUCCCGCUCUACCUGCUUUCUCUCUGCUGGUCCCGCCCUUCCCGCCCUUCCCAUGGAACACAGUUUCUUCUCUUUCAAGCCAACCCCUGCCACCCCACCCCAACUCUGCCUCACAGCAGAGCCCCGUGCCUCCUCACCCGUGACCACUUUAUCCGUACUGCACAUGCUUUGAUUGAAACGUCUCUUAACCCAUCCCGACCCCUCCUCACCGCAGAGCCCCAAGCUCCCUUCGCUGCCCCCCUGGGGUGUCACCUGUACAUCGCCACCAACGAGCGCGAGGCGGGGUUCUUCCUGGCCAUUUGA